GGCGACGCGGCGCGCGCUCUGCCGGAGGCAUGGCGUCCGCGUGGCACAGCGCGGGGCUGCCGCCGGCGGCGGAGGAGCGGGGGGGGCGGCUGCGGGCCGCGAAGCUGCGAGCGGCGGUAGAGCGGGAACGGCAGCUGGAGGAGGCCGUGCGGACGGGAGAAGAGCAGAGGCAGCAGAGGGAGCGGCGGCGGCUGCAGGAGGAGCGGCUGGCGGCUGAGCUGGCGCGGCUGAAGCACGAGGAGCUGAGCGAUGAGAAGAUGAGGCAGCAAGUGCGGGAGAACAGUAUUGAACUUCGAGAACUGGAGAAAAAACUGAAAUCUGCGUAUCUGAACAAAGAGCGAGCGGCGCAGAUCGCCGAGAAAGAAGCCAUGCAGUAUGAGAAAAUGAAACGUGAGGCUGAAAUAGCCCAAAAGAUGAAGGAAGAGCAUGAAAGGGCAGCAAAAGAAGAAAGUUUGGCAGAACUGAGGCAAAAUGAGGAGAAAAUAAUGUAUCAGCAAGAGCUGGAGAAGCAGCUUGAGGAACAGGAGCGGAAGAAGCAGGGAGUUUAUGAAGAGUUUCUGAAAGAGAAACUCAUGAUUGAUGAAAUCAUAAGGAAGAUCUAUGAGGAAGAUCAAAUGGAAAAACAACUUAAGUUAGAGAAGAUGAGAGCAAUUCAGACAUAUAUCGAAGAAUUUAAAAAGGAACAAGCUGUCUGGAGGCAGAGGAAACGGGAAGAGAUGGAAGAAGAAAAUAGGAGAAUUGUGGAGUUUGCCAACAAUCAGCGGCAAAGAGAAGAAGAUCGGAUGGCCAAAGUUAGAGACAUGGAGGAGAAAAAACAACGACUUCAGGCCAUGAUUGCCCAGAAUCUAGAAAGAGAGCAACAGAAGCGUGACGAACUGGAACGAAUACGCCAGGAGCUGUAUCUGGAAGAACAACUUGAGACAGACAGAAAGAAGGAGAUGGCAGAAAUUGAGAAGAGAAUAAGGCAACGCCUAGACUUAAGGCAAAUGUACGAAGAGCAGUUUGCUUUGAAGAAGAUAGCGCAACAAGCUGUGCAAGAGGAGGAAGAAGCCUUCAGACAGCAAAUGCAGGCCAAGUUUGCAGAGGAUGACCGUGUUGAGCAGAUGAAUGCUCAGAAACGAAGAAUGAAACAGCUUGAACACAGAAAGGCUGUGGAAAAACUUAUUGAAGACCGUCACAAACAAUUUAUUGCAGAUAAAGAGCGUGAACUUGAAGAAUGGCAGUUAGAGGAGAAAAGACAAGCAAACAUUCGUGCAGUUGUUGAAGAAGAGAGACAGAAACUCCUGAAAGAACAUGCAUCUAAAUUGCUGGGUUAUCUUCCUAGAGGAGUACUCAAAGGUGAAGAUGAUAUUAACAUGCUUGGUGAGGAAUUUAGGUUGGCUUAUCAGAAGAGAAGAGGUAAUCCAUCUUCUGAAGAGAGCUGAAAUUUCCACUGUCUGCCCUCCCGCUUUGCCACUAGGUGUCAUCUGAUUGCUAAGGAAAAUUUCCAUUUGCUGUUAACAGCAAGGAACUUGUUUUUAUUCUCAUAAAAAUCCAUUUUAAGACUGGAUUCUGAACUGAUGAAUGGCUCAUCGUAUUUAAAUGCACUUACAUUUUUCAGGAAUAAACUGUUUGUUAGAGAUUUCUCAAUAAUCUAUCAGCUACAUAAUACAACUGAGUUAGUGAUGAAGCAAUGUUUAAAAAUGUUUCCUUCAGCCACACUGCAGAAACCUGAGGUAAUGUAAGUUCAGAUGGGUAUCACAUAACAGACAAUACGAUUCUCUUAAUGCACUAUUUCUGUUUGUAAGUUAAAAAAAGUAUCUACAUUUGCCCUGUACUAUUAAAUUACUAAUCUAAAGGUAGGUAAUUAAAUCACUAACGGCAGAUCGGAAUAACUUUUUCCACUGCUACCUCACGUGACUUUGCUGGUAAAAUCUGUGAUGUGAUUCUCAUUUUGAGGUCAGAGUCAUAGAAUCAUAGAAUUGCUCAGGUUGGAAAAGACCUUAAAGAUCAAGUCCAACCACAACCUAACCACACUACCCUAACUAACAACCCUCCGCUAAAUCAUGUCCCUGAGCACCACAUCCAAACGGUUUUUAAACACAUCCACCUCCCUGGGGAGCCUGUUCCAGUGCUUAACAACCCAUUCUGUAAAGUUUCUCCUGCUAUCCAACCCAAACUUACCCUUCCACAACUUGAGGCCUCAUCCUGUCACCAGUGAGAAGAGACCAACCCUACUCUCGCAGUAAGCACCUUUCAGAGUCAUUGCUAAUAACCUCAUUUCAGCACAUAAAUAAACUUUGUGUGUCACUUUCCUACUAAAUCACUCUCAGGGAGGAAUCCACUGAAAUAGCUGGGGCUUAACCAUCUUAACUUCAUCAACCAGCAUGGGCUUUUAUUACUCUUGUUCAUUAGUGUACAUCAUAUGCUUGGCUCAUCUACAUCCACAUUUUUAUCUAAUACUUGGUUAUAAUGAUGAGAUAAUAAAAUCUUCCAGGAGAUAAUGCAUGUAGAGCACCUGUGAUAUGGAGCCAUCGUUCUUGACUGUAUCCAUUAUCAGUAUCAGUGACCACAGAAAUAUAUAAAUAUACAUAUUUAUUAAUUUUUUACCUUGACUAAAUAAAAUAGGAACUUUAAACAA